CUGGAUUAAUGUCCGUCAAAGUUUUUACUGAGAGCAUCCAGGAGGCCAAUAGAUACUAUAACAUGGCUGAAAUGAAUGAAAAGGAAGGGUCUGAGGAAGAAGCUAAGAAUCUUUAUCAAAAGGCAGCAGAGGCUUACCAAAAUAUCUCUAAAAUGUGCAGAGAUGGAGCCACUGAUGACUUCGGAUCGGAAGAGAGUUUGAUAGCAAUUGCAGAUUCGUGCAGAAGGAAGAUGGAGGUAAUUAAUCUCAAGAAAGAGUUACUUCCAUCCCAGGAAACGGCUAGAAAGAAAGCUGUAAAGAGCAACAUAGCUGAGAGUGUACUUGGAGCUUCAAGAAUCGGAGGACCAAAAUAUACUAUAUUGUCCCAAAGUAUGGCUCAGAGAGAUGCAGAAGAAACUAAUGCUGUAGCACAAGAGGAGUUUGAGAAGAUCAAGAAUAAGCUUUCUGGUAUGAACAAAAAGAUCAAGAAGAUGCUUGAUUCAAUUAUGGAGAGUGUCCUCAAGCUUGAAUCUCUCUAUAACCAAGACAUCAGGAAGAUCUUAGACGAUAAUCCAUUCGAUACAAAGAGUAUAAAUCUUAAAAAUGUGGAUAAGGCAAUGGGGAGCAUGAAAAAGUAUGUAGCUAAGGUAAUCAAAGCGGCUAACAGCAAUUUCCAAAGUGAGAUCUCUCUAAUGUCUUCAUCGAUUCUCUCUUCUUCCACUCAAGAGACUAUAUCCCAUAGAGUCUUCAAAAAGGACGAUAAUGUCGAAGGGCUUCCUCCUGGUAUAACUCUAGAAGAGAUGGAUUACUAUCUAAACCUUGUGGAUCCGCCCUUGUACAUACCUUAUAAAAGAUAUGAGAAAUUAGAGAAAGCAUACAAGAAGGCAAAAGAUAAGUAUAAAGCAAAAUCACAAAAAUUAAGAGAAUUGGAGUACAAAGAAAACAGUCUCACCCAGGAAAUAGCCGAACUCAAAAAGGGCUUAAGAAUUUCUACUAUACAGAGUAUGAAAUAA